AUGGCGACCACAACCACCACCACUAACCCCAUCACCAUCACUGGACACAAGGGCCGCAUGUCCCUGGACGGUGAGCCCACCAACUAUGGCGACUUCCGCGACGACCUCAACCGCGACGGAUACGCUGUAAUCAAAGGCGCCGUGCCGCUCGAGCGGGCCAACAAGUACUCCGAUUCGUUUUUCCGCUACCUCGAGGGAUUUGAGCUCGGCUACGACCGUAAUGAUCCAUCGACUGUGCGACGCGCCAAACUCCCCGUUCUGAAUGAGAAGGGCAUGAUUCUGCACUAUGGCGUCACCCACGAACAGUGGGCCUGGGACAUUCGGGGCGAGCCAGGGGUGGUUGAGACUUUCGCGAAGGUGUAUGAUGACGAGGACUUGAUUGUUUCGUUUGAUGCGGUGAACGUUGGCUUUGCGAAUCGAGAGGACCUCGAAGAGAACAAGCCCUGGCCGCAUCAGGACCAGGACCCAACCAAGCCCGGUUUCCGCUGCCUCCAAGGCCUCGUAAACCUCAACCCCUGUGGCCCGAACGACGGCGGCCUCAUUGUCUGUAAAGGCGGACACCGGCUCUCCGCCCAAUUCCACCGCGAAAUGGCCGACGAACCGAAGAUCCCCGCCUGGACGCCCGAAUGGUUCGGAUUCACCGAGAACGGCAUGAAAUGGCUCAAAGACCACGGUCUCGAAUGGGAGAAGGUCUGUGUCGAACCCGGCGAUCUGAUCGUUUGGGACAGCCGAACGCCGCAUUACAAUGUUCCCCCGAGUGGAACGCAGGACCGCUUGGCGGUUUAUACAUGCUACACGCCUGUUCGGGAGGCGAGUCAGGAGGAUUUGAUUAGGAAGAAGGGGGCUUUUGAGAAACGGUUGGGAACAACACACUGGCCUAACGCGGUGCAUGUUGCGCCUACGAAUGUCGCGAUGAGAGAUGGAAAGCCCUGCCCUAAGAGUCGGGAGGGGCCAGUGGAGGAUCCGGUGCUGAAUGAGAGGACGUUCAAGUUGACUGGUAUCCCGUAUAUUAAGCAGGAAGCUUAG